AAACACGAUAAAACAAAAUUUCCUCCCAAUGUCACAACACCUUGCGAAAGAGAGAAGUGCUGCGGAGGAGCUUGAACGAGAAGGCGAGAGCGAGUGAAAAGAGAGAGAUUUCCAGAGAGAGAAAGAAAGCAGGAUGGUUGGGGAAGUGAAGAGGCAUCAGAUGAUGCAAAACCUGUUCGGCGAUCAGUCGGAGGAGGAGGAGGAAGAAGAGGAGGUCGAAUCGGAGCACGAAUCCAAUCGACAGCCCGACGACGCCUCUGAUGAGGGGGAUGGAGGGAUAGAGCCUGAGGGUGAAGGUGAAGUAGAAGUAGAAGUAGAAGGUCAUGGGGAAGCAGAAGUGGAGAGUGGAGGUGACUUGCAUGAUGUAGAUCCUGAUCCCGGCGAAAGUGAGGGUGAACGAGAGCAAAGUUCUCAAGAAGUGGAAGUCGCUGAUCAAAGGGAAGAAAGCGAGGGAAAAGACUCCGAGAGUGAUGAAAAGGAAGAGUACGGUCAAAGAGUAGUUACCAGUAGGAGAAGAGAGGUGAUUGAAAGUGAGUCAGAGAGGUCUGAGGAAAACCGUUAUGUAGACAAUGAUGAUGAGGAGGUUGAUCAGGCUAGGAGUGGAAGUAGGUCACCUGGAGAGGAGAAAGAUGAUGCUCACAUUUCAAACUCAGCUCCUGAGAUCCGCGAUGUAUUUGGUGACUCCGAUGAUGAAGAACCAGCUGAGUACACAAUUCAGAAUAAUGUUGGGGAAGAUUCAAAUAGAUCACCUAUGGAAGAGGAAGGGAGCUAUGAGCGAGGUCUGAGACCUGAAGAUAUGGUACCUGAUGAAGAAGCUCAGUAUUAUUCUGAAGAGGAGAACCUGGAGGCUAAAAUCAAGGAGAAACCUGUUGGCCCACCGUUGGAGCUAGAAAUUCCACUCCGCCCACCUCCGUCUCACCCAGACAAGAUGAACAUGAUUAAAGUUUCUAAUAUAAUGGGCAUUGAUCCGAAGCCAUUUGAUCCGAAGACAUUUGUGGAAGAGGAUAUCUUUGUGACAGAUGAAUCUGGAUCUAAAAAACGUAUUCGCCUGGACAAUAAUAUUGUCCGCUGGAGGAUUGUACGGAAUUCAGAUGGCACAGAAUCUUAUGAAAGCAACACACGCUUUGUGAGGUGGUCAGAUGGCAGCUUACAGUUAUUAAUCGGGAAUGAAGUUCUGGACAUAUCUGUGCAAGAUGCUCAACAUGAUCAAGCACAUCUGUUUCUUAGGCACGGAAAGGGAAUCCUCCAGUCACAGGGAAGACUUCUAAGGAAGAUGAGAUUUAUGCCAUCAUCUUUGUUAUCUAACUCUCAUCGAUUGUUGACUGCUUUGGUUGAUUCGCGGCAUAAAAAGGUUUAUAAGGUCAAGAACUGCUUCACAGACAUUGACCCUGAGAGAGAAAAGGAGCAGAAAGAGAAGGCUGAAAGUCAAACGAUCAGAGCCAAUGAACUUCUUACCCGGAAGAAAGAAAAGGUGAAUCGCAAGUAUCCACAAACUGUACGCAGGGAGCGCCAGCUUUCACCUGGUUUCCUGGAGGAUGCACUGGAUGAGGAUGAUGAGCCAGAUUAUCAUGAAAUGGAAGCUCGAGCUGAGAAACGUAUUAUGAAUGCAAAGAAGCCACAGGGACAGAAAGACACUCCUCGCAAGCCCUUAGUGAAGUCAUCUCGUCCUCCAAUCGAUUUUUCUGACAGUGAGAGAGAGGAAUCUGAGUAUGAAACUGAGGGAGAGGAAGAUGAAAGGGCCCCACAACGUAGAAGGGUUGAUGAGCUGGAGGAGGAGGAUGAAUAUGAAGAAGACGACCAUGAUGACGAAGAGAGAGCAGCAAAUGAAUCAUCUGACGAGGAGCCUGAGGAGCCAAAGCAAAAGACCAAGGAGUUCGGUAGCAGUCUCAAGCGGAAAGGAAUUGAGUCAGAUGAGGAGUCUCCUCCAAGAAAGAUGACAACCCAUCGCCGGAUGGCUGUUAUCGAGAGCGACGAGGAAUAAAAGCAUGCUUCAGACGCUACAUGGAGAGUGCAUCCGUAAUUUGUGCAGCGGAUGGAUGAAAGAGAGGCUCAUCUUUCUAUGUUUCAAUUAAUCAAAGGAGUUAUCGUGGAUUUGAAGAUAAUUCAUGGAUUGCCGGUCCUCUGGUUGAACGAAACAAUAUUUGUCCAGUGUAAUUUCUCUUUACUGUACUGUUCACAACUGAAGUUCUGUUUAUCGAGGAUUAAAAUUUAACUGUGCGCUUUCAUGCUUGACAUUUUAAGAGAAGAUGAAUUGGCAAAUAAUUUUGACGGGAUACUUCGGUGUCGCUGUUCGUGUUAUUUUCUUCUCAUUUUAAAAUUUUUGGUUUGUAAUAAAUUGAUUGUGUUCAGCAAACCCGAAUCCUAUAGUUAAGAUAUAUACUUGAUUAUAUAUUGAGAUAGAAAAAUGAAAACAGUUUGUUUUGUA